AUGUUAUUUUCCGCCUCGACCGACUAUCGAUACGUCAACAUGAUCAGAUCCACCAGUAACUGUGGCUCAUGCCUUUUCUUCACCGAAAACGUGGUCAGCAACUACAUGUCAUUCAUUGGGUUAACCCAGUAUGACUGGGAAAAUCCGACGAUGAUGGACGGUCCAGAUGAUCCGGACCCAAAAACUGCCAAGCAGGCCAGAGGCACCAUUCAGUAUGGGCCAGAUGAGGAGGACCCUCACCAAGCCGAAGAACCCUACAGACGCUUCAUAGGCAUCAUUCUUUACGGCGAUAGUGAAAUCGGAGGUUCGAAAAAGCCUUCUUCCAAGAAAUAA